AUUACAAGCAAGUGGACUUGGAGGAGGACAAGCUGAAUAUCUACAGUAUGACUAUGUGAACUUGGGCGUAGCAAGGAUAAUGGGCUCAAAAACUGUUGUUGGUAUUCUCUUCCUUCUGGCCAACACCCUGGCACCUCGACUAGAGAGAAAAGUGUACUAUGGGGCAAAAUAUGGCUCCAUUGUGUUAUCAGUGCAGCUACCUGAUGGAACGAUUGUGAGCUCCAUUGGCUGGAAACACAACGAGAAUAUAGCUGCAGACUGGGAUAAAGGAGACAAGGCACCAGUUUUCUAUGGCAUCUUUAACUCUACUUCAACUACCUGUACACUGGAUGUGAACACCGGGGCCCUGACCAUCUCAAACCUGCAUCAACAAUUUGCAGGGGAGUAUUUAGCUAAGGUUAAUGAUGUCCCAACUCAAAGUCUGAGGCUGGCUGUAGUCGAUGCUGUGCCUGUGCGUGGGAUGAAAGGACAGUCCAUCACUUUGAAACCAGACGUACCAAAUGUAGAUGUGCAGAGUGUUCAGUGGACACUCAACAGCACAGUCAUUGCUCAUUGGGAUGGAGGGGAGUCAGAGACUCUCAAUGAGACCAUGGUGCUGGACAGUGAAACUUUUUCUUUAACCAUCUCAGAUCUUCAGCAAACUCACAGUGGCUUAUAUACAUUUACAGAUGGCUUUAGGACUCUUUCUUAUCUACUUACUGUUAGAGAUACUAACAAGAACAAGAACAAGAACAUCUCAGAGAAGGACUCAGGAACAGCCCUCAGGUAA